UCCUAACACUUCACAACCAUUUGGAGAAUGGCUUGGAGGGUCUGGAGGAUAUCUUCCUGUGGGCAGUUAGACGUUGGUGGGGUAAACUGGGGUGCUGGUUGCUGGGUGUGCAGAUGGGGAGCUGUGCUAAAGAGAAGCCCAACAAGUCAGGCUUAGUUGGGGCAGCUAUCAAGAGUGAUGGGAACGCUAAAAUUGUAGCUCCAGGCUUCUAUCUUGGGGCAAGCACCAACAGCAAUGGUUAGGGAAACGCUGAAGACUGCUGAGGUUGAGGUAAGGAUUGCUCAUCUGUGAGCUUCACCAGUGCAGGGCUGUGGAGGUCUUCUGAGGGCUUUAGGACUAGUCCGGUGGAGAGGUACUCGAAGGCCUUGGAUUUACCCCCUUAGACCCUGCGGAUGUACACAGCCCAGGGAAGGUGUCCGUGCCUGGCCCUUCACCUUCCAAGGCAGCAAACGGUUGGAACAUUCUUGACUGUCUCAUUAUCUACUUCCCGUGAGGUGUUCAGAAGCAACUCUCUGUAGCUCGUCAACCACACAUCCACCUGUCGGUACACCUUUGCGGCCUUGACCACUGCUUUGACAGAAGGGUAGAGGAAAGAGCAGAGGGCUGGGCUUGAGACCAGUCACACACUGCUCACCCCAUUCUCGGUCUCUCACCCUUACAGAACUCUGGAAAGGUCCAGGGCCCCCUCUCACAUGCUUUCGGUCAACACCAACUUUUUAUGGCACAGGCUGUUCCUCGAAGCUCUUACAGAACCCGGAUUGUAUCUUGGGGAAUGGCACUCUGGUAGAGCAUUUGUCUAGGCGGCAGCGGUGCACAAGACUUGGGUUCAUCUUCAGCAUCACACGCCCACACAAUGGUGGGCGAGGCUUAGAAAGGGGCUAGCUCGUGCUCAGGGGAAGGGACUGCCAGCAGAAAUGACUGAAAAAAAAAUUUUUAAUCCUGUAUGUUAAGAGUUAGGAGCGCAGGGAUGGGAGGGGCGCGACAGUCCUGAGGGCAACAGGGUGGGGCGAUCCUUCACCGGUCCGGACUCCAGGGUCGCGGUGCAGCCGCGCCCACCCGGCCCGCGUAAGCGCGCUUCCGGAAACUGCUCGCCUGGGAACCCGGUUUCCCGGCGCAGGUUCCGGAAGAGCUCGGUUCCCUGAGCCGAGUGUGCAGUGCAGCCACGGGCUGCUGUGGCCGCUGGGGCGAAGUGCUUUGUUCCUGGCUCGUUGUUGCCCCUGCGCGCGCAGAGAGGCCGAAGUCCUGGUGGCGCGCGCGCCGGGGACCCGCGAGGGCUGAGCACGGGGUGCGAUCGCCGCAGCCGCAGCUCGGGAGCUCGUGCGCCCUGUGCAGCCCGGGGCGGUCCCAGGCAGCUGAGGCGCCCGUGCGGUCCCUACAAGGCGGUCUCAGCAGCGCCUGCCAAGGCGGUGCGAUGCUGGGCCCGCCCGGGAGCCCGGGAAGGGAAAGCGGAAGCCGCGCGCCCGGUCGCUGACCGCGAGGACUUGGCGCCUCGCCCCGGCUGCCCGCAGCACCCGCGUCUGCCCUCGGCUGCCAGUCCCGCGGCGCGCCGUGACCAUGGCCAUCGCCCACCUGGCCACGGAGUAUGUGUUCUCGGACUUCUUGCUGAAGGAGCCCACCGAGCCCAAAUUCAAGGGGCUGCGGCUGGAGCUAGCGGUGGACAAGAUGGUCACUUGCAUCGCCGUGGGUCUGCCUCUGCUGCUCAUCUCGCUGGCCUUCGCUCAGGAGAUCUCCAUCGGUACCCAGAUAAGCUGCUUCUCCCCAAGUUCUUUCUCCUGGCGACAGGCUGCCUUCGUGGAUUCAUACUGCUGGGCGGCCGUCCAGCAGAAGAGCUCCCUGCAGAGCGAGUCCGGAAACCUCCCACUGUGGCUGCACAAGUUCUUCCCGUACAUCCUGCUGCUCUUUGCCAUACUCCUGUACCUGCCCACGCUGUUCUGGCGCUUCGCAGCGGCUCCCCAUCUCUGCUCAGACCUGAAGUUUAUCAUGGAAGAACUUGACAAAGUCUACAACCGUGCCAUCAAGGCUGCCAAGAGUGCUCGGGACUUGGACCUGAGAGAUGGACCUGGACCGCCAGGAGUGAAUGAGAAUGUGGGACAAAGUCUGUGGGAGAUAUCUGAAAGCCACUUCAAGUACCCAAUCGUGGAGCAGUACUUGAAGACAAAGAAGAACUCUAAUCAUUUAAUCGUGAAGUACAUUAGCUGCCGGCUGGUGACAUUUGUCGUCAUAUUGCUGGCAUGUAUCUACUUGAGCUAUUACUUCAGCCUCUCCUCCCUCUCUGACGAGUUUCUGUGCAGCAUCAAAUCGGGCGUCCUGAGAAAUGACAGCGCCAUUCCUGACCGCUUCCAGUGCAAGCUCAUCGCCGUCGGCAUCUUCCAGCUGCUCAGCUUCAUUAACCUCAUAGUGUAUGCUCUGCUGGCUCCUGUGGUCAUCUACACGCUGUUCGUCCCGUUCCGGCAGAAGACAGAUGUUCUCAAAGUGUAUGAAAUCCUGCCGACCUUUGAUGUUCUACAUUUCAAAUCUGAAGGCUACAAUGACUUGAGCCUCUACAACCUUUUUCUGGAAGAGAACAUAAGUGAGCUCAAAUCAUACAAGUGUCUUAAGGUGCUGGAGAACAUUAAAAGCAACGGGCAGGGCAUCGACCCCAUGCUGCUCCUGACCAACCUAGGCAUGAUCAAGAUGGACGUCAUUGAUGGAAAAACUCCCAUGUCCUCAGAGAUCAAGGGAGAGGACCAGAGGAGCCGGACGGGGGAGUUCAAAGAUUUGGACCUGAGCAGUGAUACUACAGCAAAUAAUGGAGAGAAGAACUCUCGACAGAGACUUCUGAAUUCAUCUUGCUAAUGGUUUCGUUCUUGAAUUUCGAGUCCGUGACUUCUGUAGCUGUUGGGUCUGUGGUUAGUUCGCUGUAAAUGUUUUUGGUAGUGAUAUGGUGUGUGUCUUACCAGUCCCGAAUAGACAUAAUGGCCAGUAUUGUCAUAGAAGAAUGGGUUAGGAAUGUCCUACAGACAAAAUAUGGAAAUGAGUAAGUGGGCUUUGUUUGAAGCCCUCAUUGAAGGGCAAUUAAGAGCACUGAGCCUUCUAGAGAAACACCAUUUUGGACUGAUGGUGUUGGGAGACCUGGAGCUUCCAGAGAGCAAGCACUUUGAGGGAUGUCUUAUUUUAUGAGAUAAUAAUAAACAUGCCAGAAUAUAUUUAAUAAUG